UUCACAUUACCCAAAAUACCUUGCGCUUUGGGGGGUAACUUUGGAGCCCUAGUUACAAGCAAAAUGGCGGCUCCAACCAAACAAACGGAUUUAAAGCUACCAAAUUGUUAUAAAGAUGCUUCUAAAUUCACGAAACCAAAGCUUAAGGAGGUUUGUAGAGCUCUCUCUGUAGAUUUUGAGAAAAAUAUCGGGAAGAAAGCGCUCGUAAACAUUGUUUGCAACGCUUUAAAUCUGUCAACAUCAUCCACGACCGCUACAAAGACCGAGAAUCAGUCAGCUUGCUGGACUUUACCAACCAUAGCUUAUCUACAGAAGCAAAAAGAAUGGAAGAAAGACUUAACAGGCAUACCAAUGCUCAUGGAUGAGUCAAUGGUCAAGUCAUAUUUAAUUGGAGUUGGUUAUGAAGAGCAAACUGUGCGAAAGUAUAAGACACUUCGUGCAUGGGAGCACAAGCAAGAUGUACAUUCUGUCAAAGUUCAUUUCUGA